AUGCUAUCUUACCCGUGGAUCCUCCUCCUCCUUGUUUGCGCAGCAAGCAAUGCAAGCAGCAGCAAGAAGUCGAACCUGUUUGUCUCCUCCUAUGGUGGUGAGGUGCUGAGUCUUAGUUUUACAGAGGACGAUGAUCAAGCAUUCUUGAAAAUAACAGACUCAAAUACCGGAUGUGCACCUAGCCCUGCAUGGUUGGCUUUUGAUGAAAUACAUCGUGUUCUUUACUGUCUCGAUGAAGGUAUCCUCCGGAACAAUGGCUCCGUAAGCUCAUACGAGGUCUCCACGGGUGGGAAGCUUACCAUGAUGGAGCGAAGAUCUAUACCUUCUGGCCCAUCAUGUGCAAUCAUCUAUGACACUGUAUUAUCAAAAGUUUUGGCUAUUUCUCACUACAAUGGAAGUGCUUUGACUCUCUGGAACAUUACAGAUCAAGGAGUCGAGACUCCGCUGCAGGAAAUUUUCUUCUACCAAAAGAAGCCUGGUCCCGGCCGUCGUCAGACCGCGCCGCACCAGCAUCAGGUGCUUCUAGAUCCAACCGGGCAAUAUCUAGUUCUCAAUGCGUUUGGUUUAGAUGAGAUCCAGGUCUUUGAGAUUGAUAGACAUACAGGCUAUGUGACUGAACUAACUUCAUCGCCUACACUUCCUGGCUCAGGCCCUCGCCAUGGCGUGUUUUGGUCUCCAUACGGACUGGCAAAUGCAACCGACGUCUCAGAGGUCUACUACUUUCUCAUAGCAGAAAUCACGAGCGCCUUUACCUCAUAUCGAGUGCACUACCCGCCAAAUGGUGGGAUAAAAUUCGAGCAAAUUGAUGUGACAAAUACUUACGGCGGUGCCGCUAUUCCGCCUGAAAAUGGACCAGCUGAGAUCCAUGUCUCACCUGAUAACCAUUUUGUGAUGGUCUCAAACCGUAACAGCACGCCAACUUAUCAUCCUUCUUUGGAGUUCACUAGCUCCGUUGAAGAGUACUGGGAUAAUCUAGUUGGAUUCAAACCGCUGGAUAACGGAAGUGUGGUGCCUGAUCAGAAGGUUCCAUCCGGUGGUGCAUUCCCACGAAACUUUAUAUUCAACAAAGCUGGAGACCGUGUUGCUGUGGCUUUACAAUCAAACCGCCGGGUGGUUGUAUUCGAAAGAGACAUUUCAACGGGCCACUUCGAGCCACCCAAAUGCCCGCUCGAAAAGUACGUCAUCGCACAGACAUUUGCAGGUCCAUCUACGCAGAUCCCUGUUAUGGCCCCAUUUCCCAAGAUCUUUUUAUGGAGUAUUGUUCUCGAGCCUGCAUUGGCUCAGAGCAACGCCUCUUAUUUCCGUCCAAAGGAUGUCAUCAAAAGCGAUUCGAUGGGUGAGAUUUAUAAAUGGGCGGGAUCGUACUACAAUGGAACUGCCCAGCUUGAAUUGACUGUCCCUUCUCCCAACCUAGAUCGGUGGAACACGCCUUGCAGCAAUUAUAACAGCUCUACGACGGUCAUCCGGCAUUUCAACAGCAUUUUUGCUGUCAUAGAACCAAGUAACCAACCAUCAUCGGUAGAGGUCAAUAUGGUCUGGGGCCUCUGGCCUCUGGAUUUCAACUUUACCUCAUGGGCAGACUCUGGUAGGCCUAGCUGGACGUACUCAGAUUCCGACAAGUCUGGAACAAUCCUUGGGAGCUUGGCAUCUAUUGACCUGGGAGAUACCGUGGUGGAAGUAUUUAAGUUGGGAGUAUCGAAGUCGAACAUAUCCACCUAUAAUGCCUCAACUAGCCGAAAGACGGCGAUAGGGGCUAAUUGGACCCCCAUCAGAAAUGUGAGCAUGCCUGCAUGCAAAGGCGAUAAAGACCGUUCCUGGUCUGUUUGGCCUGGCUCCUUACCCCAGGACACUCUCGACGUUCAAUUUGAUAGCAAGGCUCUCACUGCUAGUUAUGUUGGUGUGAGGGCAGGGGUGCAAGACGGCGUUAUCCAAGGAGAGGGUAACGUGAAAAUAACCAUGAGUGGAGUGAUAGACUCGUGGCACUCGGACUUGUUGAACACGGACGGCGAGAGGCCGGCUUGGACGCGAACUGUGGGCUACGAUCAGGGCUACUGGGCAUACCAAAACAUUACGACUAGCAGUGCGUCCCGUUGCGCUCAGUCAAAGACCGUCAUUUCUGUCGUAGCAGGCUUGGUGGCUGCCAUUCUUACUCUGAUAUACUAG